CGUUUAGACUGGGUGAUGAGUAAUGGCGCAAUUAUUCCAGUUUAUUCAAUGCCGUGAAAGCAAGCAAGCCGAGUUUUAAAGCGCCAGUCUUUUCCUUUUCCUCUUUCGUCGCUCAAGCCUUUUCUAUGGAGAACGAGGAAACGAUUAACGACAAAUCAGAGGCCGAAGUUUCGGAUGCGGUGGUCGGUCAUCAUUUUCCUUGCCAUUUCGACGGUGGCGGUGGCCAGGAAGAUGCAAAAUCUUAUGGCGAUGAGUUGGCUGUGCCGGAGCCGCUCGGUCGGAGGAAAGAUAUUCUGAAAGCUCUGGAGGCAGUGGAGAGAGAUUCGGCUGCCAUCGCUGAGAGCUUCUCCUCUCUCUUCGGCUCUCUCCGUCACUCGCUCUCGCAGGCUACUGGCUCUACGGUUGAACACAUGAACUGCUUCAGUGAUGCAGCUGGACGCCUUCAAGAAUGUGUACUUGAUGCAGCAACAAAGGGAAAUCGAUACAUAAACUCUUGUCUGAGACUGAAUGAAGAGAUGAAAGACAUGGAUGCUCUUGCAACAAAGCUGUAUCCUUUUAUUUGUUCUUUCUGUCCUUUUCCGAAACGCUCUUAUAUAGGAGUGUUUGCUGCAAAUCUUUAUAAACCAUUACAACUUGUCAUAUCAUCGCCCCUAGUUACUGUAAACGGAAUCUCAUAUGUUGCAUAUGAUACAUUAAAGGAGGAUCAUAUCUAAGUUUCCUCUGUCACAGAUGGCUGAGCACUAGGUUUCUAUGCCCUCUCCCACAAUACUGUCAAAGUACUUUGUCCUCUUAUGCCUUCUUUAUAUGUGUGUAGAAUUAGAUUGGGACAUUGUGGAAGAUUCUUGUCUGCUUCCUUAACUCUAUGUAUCAGAAAAUUUCUCAGGAGACAUGUCGAUGCACUGGACUCGGUGGUAAAUCGAGUUGUUCGGUUACCUUGAUGCUUCGACAUUGACCAAAUGACUACUUACUUGCUCUUAUUACUGUUAUUUGCUAAAGGUGGUUUUGGUUUUUGUUGUUGCUAUCCAGUUAAAGAAGUUGAGAUAGUGAAAAAUUCCCAGCUGAAUCUUCCACUUGUAUGCAUAUACCUCACAUUUUCUGGAGAUGUUCUGUGGGCUGAAGGAAGCUAUAUGAUAUACAGUACAUUGUUCUCAUA